CGAAUGUUUUUAAUCCGGAGAGGGAGGAAGAUGUUCCCAGAUUUGGCGCAGUUUCCUUUUCUGCCCAACAGAGCCAGGGCCUAUUUGUUUUUGCUGUAAGAGGCCUACACAGCUCGUGCUUCAGCUCAACAGCUCAGUACUGUGGACGGCUCUUUUCCUCCGACACGGCGCCAUCAUCAGGUGAACCUUGUUCCUACAGGAGGAUGCCUGGUAGCAUGAUAACAGACCACGACCUGUGCCGACCUCAAGACUGCUGCCAGAGCCAGGAAGAAGGACGUGGAGCCACCAGGCUGGAACAUUAGCGCCCCUCCUCAGCCGGUGGAACUGAGCAUGGGUGCUGACCGUAGAGCAUGAUAGUGGUGGACAAAGGAAAAUGCAUAAGAUGCAGUGCUCCUCUGUGGUCAGACUUGCUGGAGUUUUUAGGAGAUUUUCUCGGAGACUAAAGAGUACAGGAGGAAGACCUUCAGCUCCUCUGGGUUCCCGGGUUCUGACAAAUCCUGAUGACAUCUUUAAGCACAACAUGUGGGAUCAUGUACAAUGGACAGAGGAGGAGAAAGAAAACGCUCGGCAGAAGGCAGAAGAAAAUUCCUGUGAACAAAUUCCUUUAACAGAACAAGGUAAAUUUACAACAGAGGCCUUCCAAUACUGGGACAAGUUUUAUGAGACGCACCAGGAUAAGUUCUUCAAAGAUCGCAAGUGGUUGUUUUUAGAAUUCCCAGAACUGCUCCCUCCAGAUGCAAAGUGCCACAACACAAACAUGUGUUUGGAUGAUCAGCAAGCAGAAUACCCACAUCCUAUGGGAUCCAGCACAGACCCAGAGACCAGAUACCAGCAUCACGAAAGCUCCACAAACCAUCACAGAACAGAAGCCUCCAAUCAUCAGGAGUCCUGUCAUCAAGCACCUGCAGUAAAAAAUGAGACUGCUUUCCCUGGCCAGCAUGCAUCAUUCAGGAUCCUGGAGGUUGGAUGUGGGGUGGGAAACAGUGUAUUUCCCAUCAUUAAUUCCAUUAAAGAUGCUGAUGCAUUCGUAUACUGCUGUGACUUCUCCCCAUGUGCUAUUCAACUGGUUAAGGAGCAUCCAGACUACAGUGGGUCUGUGUGCCAUGCCUUUGUCCAUGACAUCUGUGAGGAGACAGCCUCCUUUCCCUUUCCCCCUCAGAGCCUGGAUGUUAUUCUGGCUGUCUUUGUCCUCUCCUCCAUUCAUCCAGAUCGAAUUCAAGGAGUUGUGAAUCAGCUAUCUAUGUACCUGAAACAUGGAGGGAUACUGCUUUUCCGUGACUAUGGGAGGUAUGACUUCUCACAACUAAGAUUUAAGAAAGGACGGUGCCUAUCAGAAAAUUUCUACAUACGUGGAGACGGAACCUGCGUUUACUUCUUUACUAAAGAAGAGGUUCAUGAUUUAUUUUCCCAAGCUGGAUUGGAGGAAAUUCAGAAUCUGGAGGACAGACGACUCCAAGUGAACAGAGGAAAGAAAGUGGCAAUGCAUCGUGUUUGGAUGCAGAGCAAGUACAGGAAAUUACACCUGAGUACCCUUUCAUCAUCUUAACAACCAACCAUGUACAGCCUAUUCUGAAGACGUAUGGCCUUUUUAUACUUUUACUUGUUUACACUUAUUCAUACAUUGGAGCAAUAAAAACUGUUUUUUAUUUUGUUUUCAUUUAUUUAUUUGUUACCAACAGUGUAUGUUCAACUAAAACAACUGAAUGCAAUAAAGUAACAAAACAUG